CCACGCGUGUCGCACCGGUCGCACAUGCGCACCGCACAGCUGAUCUACUGUUUUUUUGAAUCUACGUCGAAGCCUGGUUGGUGUGCAGGUAGGAGCAUCUCGUGCGCAUGCGUGCAAUCAUAGAUUAGUUGUCAACGCUGUGAGUCCGCUGCAAAUAUUCGUUGAGAUUUGUUAGUUAGAGAUACUUUGUGUUGAAAGACUGCGUGGGGAGUGGUUUCAUCGACGUCGUAGGAAAAAGAAUGAUAGAGCGAAAAAAAUAGAAAGAACUACUAACACAGGAAUGGAUAUUUCGCACGCAAAUGCAGGUGUUUACGAGUGCAGAACGAUGACAAGUGUCGGAGCUAAGGACAUCGACAUUGGUUCUCCGCCAGAUUUCAGCAUGGGUCAUAUCCUGCGCGAGUCAGCUGAUAACUGUGACAGCCUCGUCUACGGCAAUGUAGCGCCGAUUACGUCAGAUUCACACUCGGAAAACAUACCGCCGCCGCGUCGGCAGCCGACGCAGUGCACCACAGCGCCGCAUGCGGCGCCAGUCAGAAAGAGAAAACCGGAAAGGGAAGCGGCGGAGGAUGCUGACGACGACGACGACGCCAAGGCAGGAUCUAAGAAGGCGCGAAACAAGAAGUCACACGGGAGAAGCCGCACUAGCUUCAGCGCACCUCAGGUCGAGGCUUUAGAGAAGGUAUUCGAAAUGACGCAAUACCCUGACAUCGCAGUGAUUGAAGGCUUGUCCGACAAGAUGCAGCUGCCGCGCUAUAAGAUAGAGGUUUGGUUUCAGAAUCGACGGGCUAAAUUCAAGCGACAGAAUAAGGACGAUCGUAAGAUGCUCAUGCGCAAUCAGAUAUUUCCGGGAGGCGCCGAUCCCACAGGACCUACUUCCGGUGUGCUCAGCAGCUGUCACGUGUUGACGGCGCCGCCAUCUUCCCAGAGCGCGCCGCCCGAAAACGAAAACCGUAGAGCACCGACUACAAAUUAUCCUGACAUGGAAGAAACACUGACGGAUAUUUCGUCGUCAGCGCCGCUUGACGAAAACCGUCAUGUUUAG